AUGUGUCUUUCGCCAACACUGUAUUUGCGCCUUACUGCAACGCUGCGAGAUACCGAACUCCACCGAAUCUCCCCGCUCAAAAAGAAAAAGAAGGAAGGAGAUGAGAUCCGUGCCGGCUCGCUAAUCCAUGCAUCCCGUCUUUUCGAUGGAACGUUCCCAGAACGCGCGUUUAAAUCCUUCCAACGAAAAGCCGACCUGCCACACCAAUAUGACCUCACGUCAAGGAUGGGGGCGACGUGCUCCAAGAUAACUGCCCGAAACCUCCAAUAUCCGAUAGCUAUUAUGCGUAAGCGGAGCCAGGAGGACGGCAAAUGCAAUGGAAGCUUUCCAUCUCUUCAAACCCCAAGCAGCCGCGGAUUCCAUCUUCCAAUUACCAAGACGAUAGUCGGCGCACGUUCCAUGGGCUAG